GGUGCCUUUUCGCGUCAAAAUUGCCGCUUAAUUCGCCCGAAAUAUGAUUUUUCGUCGGCGCGUGGUCCCCGGGUCCGAGAUUAAACUGUCAUAAUUCCAAGCAUGUGAUUGGUGGCAAAAUUCAAAUUUCGUUGUCGCUCUGUUUUGCUCUAGAACGCUAAGCUGAUGUUUGUUAUCACGUUUGUCAAAGUGAUUAGCUUCUAGAAAUCGCCAAUUUCGUUCAAAUUUUGUGAUAUUUUUACUUUAUGGCAACUGCUGGAACGAUGUCAAACAAUGUCGAGAAUCUUUCGCCUCAGAUAAUAAGGCGUGUUGUCAAAGAAAUGGAAGAUCUAGUCUCAAACCCACCUGAAGGUAUUAAAGUUCAAAUUAACGACGAGGAUGUGACUGAUAUUCAAGCUUACAUUGACGGACCUGCAGGAACGCCCUAUAUGGGAGGCGUUUUUAAAGUGAAACUCACUCUAGGGAAAGGAUUUCCGCAAGAGCCACCCAAAGCGUUCUUUUUAACCAAGAUUUUCCACCCAAAUGUGGCUGCUAACGGGGAGAUUUGCGUCAACACGUUAAAAAAGGAUUGGAAGUCAGACCUCGGAAUCAAACAUAUAUUAUUGACCAUUAAAUGCCUCCUAAUAGUGCCCAACGCUGAGUCAGCUCUCAAUGAAGAAGCUGGAAAGCUACUUUUAGAACAAUACGAAGAUUACUCCCAAAGAGCUAAGAUGAUGACGGAAAUUCACGCUCAACCGCAGAAAAUCUCGAAGGGUUGCAGCGGUGAAGGGCCCCUUGCCAAGAAACACGCCAGCGACAAAAACAAACAACUCACAGCAGAGAAAAAGAAGAUACUUAAAGACAAGAAACGAACUUUAAAGCGUUUAUGAAAUCUAUACUGCCAUUCUUGUUUUUGUUUUUUCUUCUACUAUUGAAAUUAUAUUUUGUGUCAGAACUAUAUUUAAUUUAAAUUAUAUUCUUUAAGUAGU